GUCAAACGAGGGAAGAAGUAUAAGCUUACAGGUGAGUUAUGGUGUGAACUGUUGAGCCAGCCAGACAGAAAGAAAAAGUCGAAGAGCCGUCCAAUAAAGACUUUACCUUCUUCAGCUUCCACUCCCUUUCGACGCAUCUUCUACUUCUAGAAUAAUAAUACCCUUAUCCUUUCCUUCGAUUCAAAGAACCAUCUAUUUUAUUUUUAUUUUUAUUUUUAUUUUUAUUUUUCUAUAUCAAUAUUUCGUUUCCGCGUUUUCUUUCAAAUUCUCGGAUCUAAGGUUCUUCUUGGUGCUCUGAAUUCUCCGCUCACGAAGAAGAUUAACUCGUUGCGAUGACGAAUCAGCAGAACCUCGAAAAAAUGCAACUCCGGCAGAAUUACCGGAAUCUCUGGCACACCGAUCUCAUGAGAACCAUUCAGGCUGAUACUCCAUAUUGCUGCUUCGCGUUGUGGUGCGCGCCAUGUGUAUCAUACUUGCUUCGCAAACGAGCCCUUUAUGGUGAUAUGUCAAGAUACACAUGUUGUGCUGGUUACAUGCCCUGCAGUGGGAGGUGUGGAGAAAGUAAAUGUCCUGAAUUUUGCCUUUGCACUGAGGUUGUCCUCUGCUUUGGAAAUUCUGUGGCCUCAACUCGAUUUCUGUUGCAAGAUGAAUUUAACAUUCAAACUACGCAGUGUGAUAAUUGCAUCAUUGGUUUCAUGUUUUGCCUUCAACAAGUUGCAUGCAUAUUCUCUAUUGUUGCCAUGAUUGUGGGAAGUGAUGAAAUUUCAGAGGCUUCUCAGUUGCUAUCUUGUUUGGCUGACUUUGUUUACUGCACGGUGUGUGCAUGCAUGCAGACUCAGCAUAAGGUUGAAAUGGACAAGCGUGACGGGAAGUUUGGACCUCAACCAGUGAUGGCUGUGCCCCCUCCUCAGCAGAUGUCACGCAUUGAUCAGCAAGUUCCUCCUUCGGUUGGGUAUGCACCACAACAAGCAUAUGGACAACCUUAUGGUUAUCCACCUGCCCCACCACCACCUGCACAGGGCUAUCCUGCUACUGGUUACCCCCCUACUGCUUAUCCUCCACAAGGAUAUCCCCCUACUGGCUAUUCUAGGUGAUAAAUUUAGAAGCCUUGUGUUGGUGUAGUUCCCUAUUGAUUGUUUCAGUAAUCAGUAUUUUCUUCAAGUUCGUAUAUUCACUGCUAUAUCAAGCAGUUAUACUUGUGCGGUGAAAAUGCACUGGCUAGAUUGAUUGAUUAUUUUGCAUCCCCCUCCCCUAAGUUUUGAUUUCUGACAUGAGAUUAAAAUUCCUAUCGGUUUGUCCAUUCUUAUACUUCAACUUUAAUUUGUAUAUUGGUGUUUAUAUAAUCUCGUUUUGUUCUGUUUUA